ACCCCCCCUGUUGCCUGAAGCUUUUAACAGUUGUGGCUUCCCUCUGAUAACCUCUCUCUAUCGCUUUCCCUCUGAUUCACCAUGUCUAUGAAUGGUGGGGCUGAGGCGAGGAGAGUGUUUAUAGGAGCAGGGUGCAACAGAGUAGUGAACAACGUGUCAUGGGGCGCCUGUGAUUUGGUGGCCUUUGGCGCCCAAAACGCCGUUGCUAUAUUCUGCCCCAAGAAUGCCCAAAUUUUGACAACUUUACCGGGUCACAGGGCCGCUGUAAACUGCACACAGUGGCUUCCAAGUAAUAAGUUUGCAUUUAAAGCUGAACAGUUGGAGAGGCACUAUCUACUCUCAGGAGAUGCUGAUGGUGCCAUUAUUUUGUGGGAACUAUCUCUCAUUGACAGAAAGCAGUGGAGGCAUGUGCUACAAAUACCACAAUCACACAAGAAGGGUGUCACAUGCAUUACUGGAAUUAUGGUUUCUCAAAAUGAGGCAAUCUUUGCAUCUACUUCUUCAGAUGGUGCAGUCUAUGUAUGGGAACUGUUGUUUCCAUCUACUCCUGGAGGUGACUGUAAAUUGGUUUGUCUGGAAUCUCUCUUUGUUGGUUCAAAACCUAUGGUAGCACUUUCCUUAGCAGAAUUACCUGGAAAUACUGGGCAUAUAGUACUAGCCAUGGGAGGAUUGGAUAAUAAGAUUCAUCUUUACUGUGGGGAGAGGACAGGAAAGUUUCUUCGUGCAUGUGAAUUAAAAGGGCAUACAGAUUGGAUCCGAAGUCUGGACUUCUCAUUGCCUAUAUGCACCAAUGGUGACGCAAAUAGUAUUCUACUAGUUAGUUCAUCUCAGGACAAAGGCAUACGCAUAUGGAAGCUGGCUCUACAGAGUUCUCCUUGCAGCAUUCAGGGUGCAUAUAAGAAAGAAGAAAUAAGCCUAGCAUCUUAUAUUGAAGGCCCUGUGCUUGUAGCUGGCUCAUCCUCUUAUCAAAUAUCUUUGGAAUCUCUUCUAAUUGGCCAUGAAGAUUGGGUAUAUUCAGUGGAGUGGCAACCCCCUUCAAGUGCAUCUGUAGAAGGAAUUGACUUCUAUCAACCUCAAAGCAUCUUAUCUGCAUCUAUGGACAAGACCAUGAUGAUCUGGCAACCUGAAAAGACUUCUGGUAUCUGGAUGAAUGUGGUUACUGUUGGAGAAUUAAGCCAUUGUGCUUUAGGGUUUUAUGGUGGCCACUGGAGCCCAAACGGGAAUUCAAUUUUAGCACAUGGAUAUGGUGGAUCCUUCCAUCUCUGGAAAAAUGUUGGUGUGGAUCUAGAUAAUUGGCAACCACAAAAGGUUCCCUCUGGGCAUUUUGCAGCAGUGGCAGAUAUUGCGUGGGCAAGAUCUGGUGAAUACAUACUGUCUGUCAGCCAUGACCAGACAACUCGAAUAUUUGCUUCAUGGCAAAAUGAAGCUUCUCUUAGAGAUGGGGACUCUUGGCAUGAAAUUGCUCGCCCUCAGGUUCAUGGUCAUGAUAUGAAUUGUGUGACCAUUAUCCAAGGAAAGGGGAACCAUCGUUUUGUUAGUGGAGCUGAUGAGAAAGUUGCCAGAGUAUUUGAAGCUCCUUUGUCUUUUUUAAAGACAUUGAACUAUGCCACUUCACAAAAUUCUAGUUUUCCUGAAGACCUUCAAGUGGAUGUUCAGAUUUUGGGUGCAAAUAUGUCUGCUCUUGGCCUAUCGCAGAAACCUAUCUAUGUUCAGGCCACACAUGAGACCCCAGACAGAAAUGGGAAUGAUGGUCUCGACACCCUUGAAACCAUUCCUGAUGCGGUUCCUACUGUGUUGACUGAACCCCCAAUUGAAGAUCAACUGGCUUGGCAUACACUCUGGCCAGAAUCACACAAACUUUAUGGUCAUGGGAAUGAGUUGUUUUCUUUAUGCUGUGAUCACAAGGGAACGCUUGUCGCUUCGUCAUGCAAGGCCCAGUCAGCCGCUGCAGCAGAAAUAUGGCUAUGGCAAGUGGGUUCAUGGAAGGCAGUUGGUCAUUUGCAGUCUCACAGCUUAACUGUGACACAGAUGGAAUUUUCCCACGAUGACAGCAUGCUAUUGGCUGUGUCAAGGGAUCGUCAAUUCUCUGUUUUCACGCUCAAAAGAACAGGCAUCGAUGAAGUUAGCUACCAGCUCUUAGCAAGGCAGGAGGCACACAAAAGAAUUAUCUGGUCAUGCGCUUGGAACCCAAAUGGUCAUGAAUUUGCUACAGGUUCACGGGACAAGACAGUAAAGAUCUGGGCUGUUGAUCAGGGAUCUUCUGUUAAGCAGCUUAUUACUUUGCCGCUAUUCAAUACUAGUGUCACAGCAUUAUCUUGGGUUGGUCUUGGUCACCAGAGAAACAACGGGCUCCUUGCAGUUGGAAUGGAAAGUGGACUCAUUGAACUUUGGAGUCUGUCUGUCAUAAGAACAGAUGAUUGUAGCUUUGCAGCAGCAGGCGUAGCUGCCACUGUUGCUGUACGAUUCGAUCCAUUUACGUGUCACGUCUCUGCCGUAAACCGUUUAGCGUGGAAAAAUCCCGAGAGUGAAGAUAGCAGGAACAUCCAGCUUGCUUCUUGUGGAGCCGAUCAUUGUGUGAGAGUGUUUGAGGUAAAAUGUUGACUAGUAGGAUAUCUGCUUUUGAAUCUAUAGACAUUAUUUUCCAACCCUCAGACUAAUGGCUAAUUCUCAAUUUUCAUAA